AUGAAAGUAGGAAUUAUGUUUAAGCACAGGAGAAGAAAUUCAGUGCAGAUUCUGAAGAUGCUGCUGAGUUUUUCAUCUAUUUCUCUACUUUUCAUGUUCUGCAAUGGGGGUGAGUUCUCAGAAUCCAUGUCUUUAUCGAAUUUCAUUCGUGCUGUUGAUCCUGAAAAUCGACUGAGGAUUGACAGGAUCAUGCUAUUGUCGCAUCCCUGUUCGUAUAAACUGAAGGGUAUUAUAUGUGAUUUACGUGCCACGGCUGUAGUAGAGAUCAGGCUUGUUAAUUUAAGCCUCAAUGGAAUAUUGGAUGUGGAUCAUAUGUGCAAACUCCGAAAUUUGAGAGUGCUUUGUUUGGCUAGAAAUGGCAUUAAGGGCACUAUUCCUAACUCGAUAUUGAAGUGCACAAGUUUAAGAUAUUUAGAUUUAAGUAGAAAUUCUUUAAGCGGGAAUGUACCAGUAGUUCUUACCAAGCUAAAGAAUCUCAGAAGAUUAGAUAUUUCGGAUAAUCAUUUCAUGACCGUUGUCCACAAUACGACACCAAAAGUCAUACCGGUUAAGGAGAAACCACUUGAUUCGCGUAGGUUUAAGGAUAGUUUUCCUCAAAAAAAAUCAGAAACAGGAUACGCGAUGGCUCCAAUUUCACUAAUGCCACUACAUACUAGGCAAGAUGAGGAGAAAAGCAAAAUGUAUAAAAGAUGGGGUAUGUGGAUUCUUGUAUGUCUUGGAUUUACAAUUCUCUUGCUGCUGGUUGUACUUUUCUUGUACAUGAGGGCAGUUAGAGGAGGAAAAGAAACGGAGACUUUAAAGGAGCUUGCUCAGUCGCCUUCAAGAUCUCCACCAAUCGAAGAAAUGGACGAGGAGAAGCCAGAAGAAAGACGUUCAGAGCUCGUGCUCUUUGUCGAAAAGGAAGAAUGGUUCAAAUUGGAAGAUCUUUUGGAAGCUGCAGCUGAUUUGCAUACACAAGGCCUUUGGAGCAGCCUCUACAAAGAACCACUGAUAAGUGAAUAUGGAUACUCAGAGUUUCUCGACCCAAGUCUCUUCAAGUCGAAUAGGUAUACAGCCCCGGAGAAAACUUUAAGCGAAAAGGCCGAUGUUUUUAGCUUCGGAAUAAUUCUUUUGGAGUUGUUAACUGGCAAAAUUGUUGAGAGGAGUGGAUUAGACCUUCCAAGGUGGGUGAAGUCCAUGGUGAGAGACGAAUGGACCGGAGAGGUGUUCGACCUGGAGGUUUCCAAGGUCGAAAUGUAUGCUUUCCCCUUGCUGAAUGUCUCUAUGAACUGUGUAGUAAAUCGUCCCGAGGAUAGGCCUUCCAUUGCUGAGGUUCUAGUGAAGAUAGAGGAGGUUGUCAAUGCUCAACAAGAUUGUUUUUCGAUUCCUCCGGCGACAUCAAAUACCUUUCCUACCCCGGGAUCAACAUCUAGCCACUAA